AGGAUUUUUCGAUAAUGGAGUGUGUGACCGCCUUGGUGAGCGGCUUGGUGACCCCGCUGUGUGUGGACACUGCCAAGAAGGUAUGGGACUGCAAUGCCAACAUUGAAAGGCUGGAGAAUAUCAUGGCGCCCAACAUCCAGGACAAGAUCGACGCUUUCGGUCGCCGCAAGGAGCAAAAUGGACCUGGCUUUAUGUUCUCUGAAGCGGCCGAGGAAUGCUUGGAGCGUGUCAGGAAAUGGAAUAGCAAGGCACAAGAACUCCUGGGAUCACGCAACAACAGGAUCUGGAACCCUGUUAGACGGUACAAGCGGAGUGGCAAGAUCAUGGACUGCACAAACUCCUACGACGGUCUCCUGGCGCAGAUCGAAAGGCACGGGCACGAGCUGAAUGUGGACAUUGCGAAGCUGGAAAAGGGGGCGACCAGCAUCCGGGCCAUGCUUAACAAGUUUAAUACUCACAAGCACCGGAAUCCAGACUUCCGCUACUCUGAUGGAGCCGAGGAGUGGCUUGAUCUUGUCACAAAAUGGAACGACAAGGCGCAAGCACUGCUGGGAUCACAGAAGAAGCGUUGUGGCGAGAUCUCGGAGCUCAUUCACAGCUACGAGGGCGAUCUCCUUCCGAAAAUUGAAAGGUACGAGCGAGAAGAGUUGGGAGUGAUACAGCCGAGAACUAGCUUCGCCGUACGGAAUUCCCCGCAAGACAGAGGCCUUGCAAAAAAAUAUGUACGGCGUGUUGUUCCUGAGGCAAUGUUUGGGGGCCAUGAGCAACUGCUGGAUGAGGUGGUGAAUGCCCUCUUGGAUCCUGAAGCCCGUAGCAAAUGGGUUGGACUCUUUGGAAUGGGAGGUUGUGGAAAGACCACCCUCGCAAGCUGCGCGCACAAUGACGAGAGGGUGCGGGAGCAUUUCCAUGACAACAUUGUGUGGAUCACUGUGAAGAAAGAUGCUUCGGAGGACGAUCUCAAGGACCAGCUCCUCAAAGCUCUUGAAUGGGGUGAAAUGAAAGAGAGGGCCGAAGGAGGCCUUGAUGACAUGCAGCACUUGGCACGCGAUGUUGCUGGUGGUAAGCGUGUCUUGCUGGUACUGGAUGAUGUGUGGGACUGGAGCUGGGCAAAGAAACUGGAUUUUAUAGCAGGGCCAUCCUCUGGCCGGAUCCUGGUAACAACCAGAAAGGAAGGCAUUUUGCUCAGCCUGGAUCCGGAUGCAAAGGCAUUUCCUGUGCAUGAGCUAUCAAUGGACGAAAGCAAAAAGAUGUUUUGGAAGUUUGCCUUCGGUGUGCAUGAUCCACAACCUGGUGUUGUGGAAGUUGCGGAGGAAAUAGCUCGAAAAUGUGAGGGACUUCCUCUAGCUCUGGAAGUGAUUGGCAGUGCCAUGGCUGUGCACAGAAGAGAAGGGCCACUUGUGUGGGAAGAACGAUAUAAGAAGUUGCACUUGUCCAAUGACCCAGAUGUUGAGAAGCAGAUGUUCAAGCGCUUGAAGUUCAGCUAUGACGAGCUGGGAAACUAUGAGGGUGAAAAGCUGCAAGAGUGUUUUCUCUAUGUGGCUGCAUUCCCAGAAGAUAGGAUGAUUAAGUUUUCUGAGUUGAGGAAAUGUUGGAUGGAGGUUGGGUCAGAACUCUCAGCCACAGCGAUUGUCAAUGAACUGGAACGGAGAUGCCUAGUCCAGAUCUGGCGGGAUGAAGAAGCUCCUGAUGAUAUAAUCAGUAAGUCUGGGAUGGAUGACGAAGCUCCUGAUCUUAUAAUCGUACACGAUAUGCUACGCAAACUGUGCAUAAGAAUCUUAAAAGGGAAGUACGGUCCACAGCAAGAACACGAGAAGGGAUGCCUGUUUGGAUAUGACUGGACAAUUGGCAUUCGGGAUGCAACAUUUGCUAAAGUCUCACUCAUCUCAAAGGAUGUUGGCAGCUUUCUAUCCGAUAAUCAUGUGCGAGAUGUCUUACUUCUGGAUAAAUGUGAAGGACUUCCUAAUGUGGAUGACAGUCUUAUCGAUCACAUACAAGGUGUCAAGGUAUUGAGCUUGUGGCGAUGCUCUAAGAUCCAUUUUAUUCCAGAGAGCAUAUCCAAGCUGAGAAACCUUCAAGUGCUUCACAUUCGAGAAACAAAUGUGAGUCAAUUACCAGAUGUGCUUUUCAGCCUGACAUCACUGAAAUAUCUAAAAUGUGAUAGUUGGCCGAAGUGUAACACUGCAUUACUCCCCCAGCUCUCCAACUUGGAAGAGCUGGAGCUGAACGUUGAUUUAAAAGAGGACCCAUCAGUUGUGGAUUUGACUGGAAUUUCACGUAAACUAAGACUUCUAGAGCUAAGAGUGAGACAUGGUACAAUGAAGGUGCCAGAAAGCAUGGGGAAACUGGAGCACAUUGAAACAUUGUAUUUAUUUGCAAAUAGCAUCGACUUUGCCAGUGUCGUUGGACGAUGGCAACUUGUUAACCUAACAACAUGUGUAAUUGAUUCGGCAUCCGUCAGUAAAGCUCCCUGGAAGCGAAUGUUUAAGAACUCAAUCAGGCUUCAACGUUUUCACAUCUCUCUAGAAGACAGUGAAAAUAAUGAUGAAAGCGUUGAAUGGUUGCAACUACGAUAUUUACGCAUCCGUGAUAUAAACCUAUCUUGGUUGCCCCACCGCCUAGGAGAACUUGAAAUUGACUGCAGUGGUAUCCUCUUGUUCAACUUGGAUGGAUCAUUCCCACGUCUUGGAAAUCUGAUUCUUACUCAUCUACACAUUGCACAGUCAGAAUUCAAGGGUGAUUUGGCUGCCAGUCUUCCAAAUCUGAAAGACUUAUGCUUUGAGCUAGCUCCUGAUAUUGAAUGGGAGCACUUGCCUCUCUUUGUGGCACAGCUCCCCAAUCACCUCCAGUCUCUGACAGUAAGUGGUUGCAUAAAGAGACUUUUGUUGCCAACCGAGAGGUCAUCACUCAAGGUUAACUAUCUUUCAGUAUCGACCAAGAAGAUGCAAAAUGAUUUCUUUGAGCCAUCAGAUCAAAUGACUGAUAUAGAAAUCGUGGAGUUGAGCUGUGAUGAGAGUAUUGUUCCAUCGUCCAUUGCAUCGCUGCCAGGUUUGAAGUAUCUUGACAUUUCAGGGCGAAGGGUGAUACAUAACGAUGCACUGUGGUCCCACAAUCACAGCCAGGGCGCAUUUCCCAGGCUGGAAGAGCUAGACUGCCCGAAAGGCAUGAAAAUUCCACCUUGGCUUGAGGACCGCCACAAUCUGAAGAUAAAUCGUCGUAAGUUUUAAUUUCCAAAGCGUUUUGGUAUUCAAACGUCUCAACUCUACGUUCUUUCCUCAAAAUCAAUAUAUACAAAAAUGCAACUGCGCCACUACCCUUACACCUCUCACGUCCCUGGCAAUCUCUACCACCUCGGGUUUGCUCCUCGUCGAUUCAAACUGCUACCUCGGUUUUGCUCACAGCAGCACCACCUUUGCCAGCUCUUAUCCUCGCCAGGAAACCUCUCACGAGAGCCUGCAUUUUCGUCGCAGUUCCCUGGAUGUACACGGCCUGGAUCCGCUUCUUACACUCGAUGCGCAGAGUGAGAGGCAACCCCUGCGGUAAUCCAACCCAAACGUAAGUAUGAAAAGCUUGGAAUAGCAGCUACUUACAGUUGGUCCGAUCUUCUACAGCGUCAGCGUUUCCAGGAGCUCCUUAAAAGGGAUUCCUUUGUUUGGAACUCGAAAACUCAUCACCUCGUACUCUAUUCUCAUGUGAGCAGAACAAAGAAGAAAACGAGAUUGGGAGGAGUCCGCAAACACACCCCAAAGGGUCGCGGACUUGUAGCGCCGGCCCAGCGGGUCACCGAGGGCGUUUACAGCUUGUGCAUGCCAAUGUAUCCCGUAGCACUGGACGAUUGUUAAGUUAGUUCUACAAGGACUUGAAUGUAAGUGGCUUAGGUGGGA